GUUCCAGAGUUUUAAUAUUCUCCAACAUAUACAGGUGGUGUUACCGCGUGCGUGGUUCCCCAUCCGAUAUUACUUCGUCGUGUAGUCCGAAAUUCUUACCGUCAUAUACUUUGAAUCUAACAACGUAGAAAGAAAAAAGGGUUUGGCAUUGUAAAAGGUAAAAAAAAAAAAAAAAUAAUAAAUAAACAUACCACGAGAGGUAUCGCUUAAAUAGUGAGAAGUGAUUGCCUGAAUCUACCGAUACUACCUGUGGAUUUUUCUACAUUUAGGAGAUGCUGCUACCAAUGAGAAUACCAACUGCAAGCAUGUAAAGGAUAUGCAAGGAUAUAUCUGUACAGAAGAAUUUGACUUUCACUAUUAUAAACGAAAAUGUCGAAACUGACGAUAAACAAGAAUAUGGUUCCACUAAAGUGCCUUCUCUUUCUCUUCUUUGGUGGCAUGGGCUGCCUGCUGCCGUUCCUGCCGCGCCACAUGCUGCUGGCGGGGCUGACGCGCUACGAGGCGUGCGUGGUGUCGGCGGUGGCGCCCCUGGCGGCCGUGCUGGGCCCCUUGGCCGCCAGCCCGCUGUGCGACCGGCCCGGGCGUCGCGGCGCCGCGCGGCCCGUGCGCGCCUCCCUCGCCGCCAGCGCGCUGCUGGCCGCGCUCUGCUACUGCCUGCUCAUGGCCGUGCCCACGGUGCGGCGCCUCGAGCCGCGCCUGCCCGCCGUCAGCUUCAGCUGCGACGAGCGGGGCGCCGCCGUGCUGCAGGAGCGCUGCCUCGCGCCCUCCUGCGCCCCGCCGCUGCAGGACAAGUUCGGCGUGCUGCACCUGCGGGGCUGCAGGCACAGCUGCGACGCCGACGGCGCCGCGGCGCCCCUCUCGCCCGGCAACGGCUCGGCCGAGGCGCCGCCGCCAGACGCCACCACGGCGCUGCCGGCGGACGUCCUGGAGCCGGACGUGCCCGACGAGGCGCUCGAAGCCGACGACUACGUGGACCAGGCGGGCGACUACGCCGACGAAGGCAGCAGGAGGCGGCGGCGGCAGGCGGACGGAGGCCCGUCGCCGCACAUCUGCGACGGCAGCGUGUGCGAGGUGUUCACGAACGCGAGCGCCGCGGUGACGCUGAACGCCACCCUGCUCGCGGCGCGCGACGACGAGGAGGAGGAGGGGCAGCGGAGCGAGGGCGGGCGCUGGUGCCGCUACCCGCUGUCCCGGGAGCUGCGCUGCCGCGUGCCCCAGGGCGCCGCCGGGGGCUUGGCCGCGCCCUGCCGCAUCUCCUGCGACAUCGACGACCCCUACACGGCGGCGGGCAGCGUGCUGGCGCAGAGCGAGUGCCCGCGCGCCGUCGGCGACCCGCAGCUCACCUUCUGGAGCUACCUCGUGCUCCGCUCGCUGGGGGACGCAUUCACCGCUGCGGCAGUCACGCUGCUGGACGCCUCCGUGGUGGUGGCGACGCGCGAGACGAGCGCGGGGCGCGGCGACGUGGGCCGCGAGCUGGCCUGGGGCGCGCUGGGCUGCGCGCUCUUCGCCCCGGCCGUGGGCGCUGUGCUCAGCCACGCCACGGGCCCCGCCCCGCCCGUGUACUACGCGGCGUUCGCCUGCUUCGCGGCGCUGAUGCUGCUGUCGGCGGUGGUGGUGGCGUCCGCGCGGUCCGCGCCGCUGGCCCCGCCCGAGUGGUGGUGGCACGCCCGCGGUGCCCCGCUCGGCGGCGCGGCGCGCUCCGCCUCCGAGAUCGCGGCGCUGUCCGCGGUGCUGGUGCUGCUGGGGGCCCUGUGGAGCGCCAUCGACUCCUUCCUGCCGUGGCAUCUGACCCACCUGCAAGGCAAUGAGCUGCUGAUUGGUAUCACCCUGACCGUCGGGGCCUUGCCCGCCAUUCCUUUCCUGUGGAAUGCAGAGAAAGUUGUAGAGUACUGUGGCCACUCCAACCUACUCAUCACUGCCUUCACUUUCUACAUCAUUCGCUACACAGGGCUGUCUUUCUUCUCGAACCCGUGGUGGGUGCUGCUGUGUGAGGCCCUGGAGGUGUUCACCCUGAGCCUCAUGUGGGUGACGGCCAUUCUGUACAUGCGCCACCUGGUGCCGCGUCACUUCACCGCCACGGGCCAGGCCAUCGCCGUCAUCGCACACUUCUGCGUCGGCCGCUCCCUCGGCGCCGUGCUGGGCGCCGUGCUCAUCUCGCACGGGCCGGACGAGAAGGCCAUGGUGCUGGUGUACCAGGUGGGGGCGGUGGUGGCGUGUGUGGUCGCGUCCCUCUACUUCGCGGUGUACCACUGCUGCCUGAAGCCGCGCUGCCUGUGUCCUGCCGGGGCUGCCCCCCGCGGCCAGCCGCCGCCGGCCGACGGACCAACCACCAACGGCACGUACACUCCACUCAAGGUGUACAACAACACCAAAGGUCAGCAGAAAGGUCAGUUCAGGUACUGAACGAGCAAAACAAGAUUCUCGGAACUAGCCGCAUGGCGUGUGCAGUGCCUUGGGACAGACUGUGGAUUUGUGAAGUGUGAACGCAAAACUAACCAUGACCGGACCACAUCACGCUUUGGACAAAAUAACACUUUGAGCAAAAAUUGAAUAUUUUGAAUACCGGUAUUGGUACUGAAUAAGAUGCUUAUGGAGAAAAGGAAUAAUAUUCCUGACGCUGGGUUUAUAAAUUUUUAAAUAAAAUAUCUUGCGAUAUUUAUUUUAGACAGUUGUGUGAUGCUGUUUGAUGUUAAAAUCAAUAAGUUUUGUUUCAUAGCUAAGCUUUUAUCAGAUGCAGAUACUCUACUAAAGUAAUAAUCCGUGUCACGUAUACACAGGGACAGUCACAAGCAGUGUUCAUUAUGUAUAUUAAAUUGCUGUACAUUUGUGGCAAAAUUAGGGCAUUUUAGCAUAGAUUUUUCAUUAACAACUGUGCCCGAGUUGUUUGAAAGACUGUUUACUUAUCUGAAUAAGAAAUUUAAUAUGUACAUUUGUAGGUAAGACUCUUUCAGAACAUUUAUAAUGUUAAGUACAUACUUAUGAUACUUUGUCAUUUAAGUACAAAAUACUUCAGACCUCAAAGGGAAUGGCAUCCCUUAAAAUGUCUCAAAAUUAAAUAAGAGGUCUUCCAGUUGCUUGCCUAAUUUAAAUACUCAAAAGGGGAAUACUAUGUACAAAAGUAAAUUGGUGCAACACAUUGGGGAAAAAAACUGAAAAUUUGUACUUUUAAUAAAAAGAAAGUUAAAUCUUACUAUAUGCACCAUUUUCUGUAAUGACAUGUAUCAUGUAUCUACGUAUUACUAAAAUUUUAUUUAUCUACAUAAAUAGCUUGCUAAUUAUUAUGUUUGCAGUGAUAUUGGCCUUAUUUUUGAUUCAAUGUAACACUUAUAUUUAUUUUACCUACAGGCUUAACUUUCUCUCUGCAAAAUCAAAAUAAUUUUACUUCUUACUUAUUAGUUUAAAUAGCAGUGUUGAUAUUUGUUAGCUAAUAAGUAAUGUAUACAUGCCAUCUAUUGACCUCGCUGUCAAAAAGACAUUAAUAAAAAAAUUAUCCAUUUAAUGUAAUGAAACUACUUGUAACAAAUGUAUUUUACCAUGCAGCUGGCAUAAAUGUGUUCAUAGCUUGAGAUUUGUUUUUUUUUUUACUUCUGUCUAGCAGAAAAUUCUUUAAAAUGUAGACUUUUUUUACUUUUUGCAAGAAACUGAAAUCAUAACUGGUAUGAUGCUUUGAAAUAUUUUUUUUUAUCAAAACCUGUAACUGCUUUUCGUUGCCUGCAUCACAUUUCAAUACAAAUUUUGAUUUUAAGUUUUAGCUUCACCAUUUUUUUUGUAUGCACUUCUUCUUAUUAUAGUUAUUGUAUUUUGAAACAAUAUUCUAAUAAAAAUGAUUUUCUA